AUGGCGGAUGCGACUGAGACCCCGGCAGGCGGCGCCGCUGCCCCCGCAAAUAGCGCGCGUAGAGGUCGUGGCCGUGGCGGCUCCCAAGGCGGCAACAGGCAGAGCAACGACAACCCCGCGUCCGGCGAAAGAGGUCGCGGCAAGGGGGGACGUCGCGGAGGGCGAGGCCGUGGCAAUCGCGGAGGACGCAACGCGGAUGCGGACGGAGAUGGAGCUGGAGACAAUGCUCGUGCCCCGGCCACUAGGGGAAACUUUGGCGCUCGUUUGACUGCGGACGCAAAUUCCACCACGAACGGUACGGAGUCCAAGGGAAAAGAGCCUGUAACCGCGGCGGAGGACGAGGAUGAGGGAGAGGUUUGCUUCAUUUGCGCAUCUCCCAUCCUGCACCAUGCUGUAUCGCCUUGUAACCAUCGUACCUGCCACAUUUGCUCCCUCAGGCUGAGGGCACUGUACAAGACCAAGGCUUGCGCGCAUUGUCGAACACAGUCGGAUUUUGUUAUAUUCACCGACGAUCCUGAGAAGAGAUACGAGGAAUUCUCCAAUUCUGAGAUCGCGAGCACCGACAGCAACCUGGGUAUUAAAUACGAGAAGGCGGAAAUCUGCGACGACACUAUUCUUUUGCUUCGCUACAACUGCCCUGAUGGCUCGUGCGACGCUGCCUGUUUGGGGUGGCCUGACUUGCACAGGCACGUCAAGAGCGUCCAUCACCAGGUCAUGUGCGACCUCUGUACGCGAAACAAGAAGGUCUUCACUCAUGAGCAUCAGUUGUUCACCAACCAGGAGCUGCGCAAACACGAGAGGUUCGGCGACGAUAACCCUGGUGCCGAGGAUCAGAGCGGCUUCAAGGGUCACCCCGAAUGCGGAUUCUGUGUGAGACGCUUCUACGGAGAUGAUGAGCUAUACGUGCACUGCAGAGAAAAGCAUGAAAGGUGUCACAUCUGUGACCGCCGCAAUGGUGGGCGGCAGCCACAGUACUACGUCAACUACGAGGCACUCGAGGUUCAUUUCAAGAAGGAUCACUUCACAUGUCCAGAUCAGGAGUGCUUGGAAAAGAAGUUUGUUGUCUUCGAAUCUGAGAUGGAUCUGAAGGCGCACCAGCUAGAGGCUCAUCCGAACGGCCUCUCGAAGGAUGCACGUCGUGAUGCUCGCAGAGUGGACAUGGCUGGGUUCAACUUGCGUGGGUCCCAGGAACCGGAGCGUGAGCGUAGGCAAGGCCGCGGCCGUGGUCGCGGAAGAGAUCCCAAUUCCGAGCCCCUCCCUGCGUCGUCGGCCCAACCGCUGCGUAGGGACGAAAUUGCCUACCAAAGGCAGCUGGCCAUCCAGAGCGCUCAAUCCGUAACAUCGAGGACGUUCGGAGGGCAGCUGACCUCUAACCCGACUGAGGCAUAUGCAGCACGGCCCCCGCCCGCCGCCCAGGAACCUCGCACCGUUACGGCCGCCAGACCCGCAGUUGACUUUCCGUCCCUGUCUUCGCUGAGUGUCAGUGACACCGCCAAUCAAGCACGGGCCGCAUCGCCAGCAAGGGACACACCACUCACACCGCAGGAGCAAGCGCGCAGGUUGCGGCACAAUGCCGUUACCGAGCGCGCGUCCAACAUGCUCCGCAAUGACCAAACAAAGGUUGCCAACUUCCGCCAGAAGGUCUCGUUCUACAAGAAUGGCACCAUGACGGCCCCACAGUUGGUCGAGGCGUUCUUCUCCCUGUUUGACACGUCCUCGGCUGAACUAGGCAAGUUGAUCAAGGAGCUUGCCGAGAUCUUUGAGAUCUCUACGAAAAAGGACGCCCUGCUCAAGGCUUGGAAUGACUGGAAGGCAAUCAACGAGGACUACCCCUCUCUUCCCGGGCCUAGCGGUGUACCGGCAAGCAGCGCAGCGGCCGCCCUUGGAGCAGGAAGUUCCAGGGUCCUCAAACUCAAGAGUUCAACGGCCCAGUCGUCGCGCUCGGCAGUGGGCCAGAAGGGCGGGUGGAACUCUACUUCCACCAGCUUGUUCCCUCCCCUGCCGUCAUCUGCGUCGUCGAGCAGGGCUGCGACAGGAACGGGGAGCGCCAACUGGGCGUCUUCAGCUCCGUCGUCCAGCAAGCCGUCGCCAGUUCCGUCUCGGACGGCUUCGCAGACGAACCUGGUCAGCAAGAAGGCGCCGCCCAGCGGUGACGCGUUCCCCGCGUUGCCUGCGGCCAAGAAGCCGACGUCGACUGUCUUCACGCCCGGCUACAACGGACGUGCGGUGCGCAACGUCAAGGGCAACGGCCCUGCAGUCAGCGCGUGGGGUGCGAGUGGAGCCGGCAGCGGAUCAUCAACACCCGCGGAAGCCCUGGCCGACGAGGCAGCUGCAGGUGGAGGCAAGAAAAAGGGAAACAAGAACAAGAAGCAGACUCUGUUUCACUUUGGUUGA